GGGGCCUGUGAUGCGGGUUGUUGUCUUUGGACUCUGUGCUGUGCUGUGACACUCGAAUGAGAUGCGUUCAUGUUGAUCUGGAAGUGAUACUCUUACUAGUCUAGAGAUGAAGACGGAGCAUCGCACGUGUUGUGCCUGUGGGGAGCCCAUAGCUGAUCGCUUCCUACUGGAAGUGGGCGGCGGCGCAUGGCACACGGGCUGCCUGAGAUGCUGUGUCUGUGCUGUGCAAUUGGACAGACAUCCCUCCUGCUUUCUCAGAGACAGACAGGUGUACUGCAAGCAAGACUACGCCAAGAGUUUUGGGGCAAAGUGCUCCAAGUGCUGCCGAGGCAUCUCUUCAUCAGACUGGGUUCGCAAGGCUCGUGAGCAGGUAUACCAUCUGGCCUGCUUCGCCUGCGACGCCUGCGGCCGUCAGCUAUCCACGGGGGAACAGUUCGCUUUGCACGAGGACAGAGUACUCUGCAAGCCGCACUACUUGGAAACAUUGGAUGGAGGAUCUAUUUCCUCAGAUGAUGGCUGUGACUCAGAAGGUUACCACAAAAGUAAAGCGAAACGCGUUCGUACGACUUUCACGGAAGAACAAUUGCAAGUUCUCCAAGCUAACUUCCAACUGGACUCGAACCCUGACGGCCAAGACCUGGAAAGGAUCGCUCAAGUCACCGGUCUCAGCAAACGGGUCACGCAAGUCUGGUUCCAAAAUAGCCGUGCCAGGCAGAAGAAACAUCAACAUACGGGAAAAGGGAAACAGAACCAAGCGAUGUCCCGCGAGGAUGCGGUGGGGUUUGGUCGGCCCAUCAACCUCCACCUCACGUAUUCCUUCCAGAACAAACCGCCGUUCGUUCCGAUAGAUGGAACUUCUUUCACUGACUCAUCAAUGGACGAACUGUCCGAGGACUCCUCGAUACACUGCAUGCAGAGCGAGGUCUAGAUCCGUGUAGUUCGUGCUGGACGCACCUCAACAUCUUGUACAUUACCUGUCCUUAUGUAUAAUGCUUUAUUUAAAUACUCUUGUAGGAUAAAAUAUACGUACCGCUUAUGUACUAAGUAUAUAAUAGUCUAGAAAUAAUAACCAGUAAUAUAUAACUUUCGUGUAGUCUAAUCGUAACGGGAGACUCGUUAUUUAUAUAUAUGAAUAUUUAACUGUCAUUGUCCUCAAGUCAUAAUUAUACUGAGAUCCCGAAUUCGACGGGCAAAUGUAAAAAAAAAAAAACAAAUAUAUUUAUACUUAUUUAAGGGACAAAAUUGUGUUUAUUGUAAAAAGAUGUAUUUAUUUAUUUAUUUUAAGUAACUGUGAUAAGUUUAAUUUAGUGCGUCGGUUGCAUUCACUCGAGUCCACAUAUGUGCCAAAAUAGUUGAUGUGACUUAACAACGUGAUUGAUUACGAAGAAAAGCAAUAUUUUCUAAAGUUCUCUAAACUUUUUACUAAUUCUUAUUGAAAUGUUAACUUCGAUAAUAAAUCACUCAAGUAUUUAAAAUUUCUAGUAGCAGUAAAUGUAUUUAAAUCUCGAAUCCUAUUGCCUGGAGGUUAUAUUACAUGCGAGACACGAUAGGCUGUUAUUCGACCUUCCGUAGAUACAGGACAUGUUGAACAUUUUCAAAACAUCACUUACAAACAUUUUUAAUAAGAUAACUUAUCUCAAUAAGAUAUCUUAGACGAGUAUUUUCACUCAUAUAUAGAUGUUAAUAUAUUUAUGGAAAUCAAUAAACUAUUAUCAAUGUCCUAGUUGUAAUAAACAGUAUCUUAACAGCUGUUAGUAAACUAGAC